AUGUUCCCCUGGGAGCUGGGCUGCCUGUCGGUGCUGGGGGCGGCAGGCACCGCUCUCCUGUGCGCCGGCCUGCUGCUCAGCCUGGCCCAGCACCUCUGGACCCUCCGCUGGACGCUGAGCCGGGACCGGGCUUCCGCCCUGCCCCUGCCCAAAGGCUCCAUGGGCUGGCCCUUCUUCGGCGAAACGCUGCACUGGUUAGUUCAGGGCGCGCGCUUCCACAGCUCCCGCCGGGAACGCUACGGGACGGUGUUCAAGACGCACCUGUUGGGCAGGCCGGUGAUCCGUGUGAGUGGCGCCGAGAACGUGCGCACCAUCCUGCUGGGCGAGCACCGCCUGGUGCGCAGCCAGUGGCCACAGAGCGCGCACAUCCUGCUGGGCUCGCACACUCUGCUCGGCGCGGUUGGAGAGCCGCACCGGCGGCGGCGCAAGGUGCUGGCGCGCGCGUUCAGCCGCCGGGCGCUGGAGCACUAUGUGCCGCGCCUGCAGGGGGCGCUGCGGCGCGAGGUGCGCUCCUGGUGCGUGGCCCGCGAGCCGGUCGCCGUCUACCAGGCCGCCAAGGCGCUCACCUUCCGCAUGGCCGCGCGCAUCCUCCUGGGGCUGCGACUGGACGAGGUGCAGUGUGCCGAGCUGGCCCGGACCUUCGAGCAGUUCGUGGAGAACCUCUUCUCCUUGCCCUUGGACGUGCCCUUCAGCGGCCUGCGCAAGGGCAUCCGGGCAAGGGACCAGCUGCAUCAGCACCUGGAGGAGGCCAUUGCUGAGAAGCUUCAGGAAGACAAGGCUGCAGAGGCAGGUGACGCCCUCAGCCUGAUCGUUCACAGUGCUAGAGAGCUGGGCCAUGAGCUCUCGGUGCAGGAGCUGAAGGAGUCGGCUGUGGAGCUCCUGUUCGCCGCUUUCUUCACCACGGCCAGUGCCAGCACCUCCCUCGUCCUGCUGCUACUGCAGCACCCGGCGGCCAUCGCCAAGAUCCGGCAGGAGCUGACGGCGCAGGGGCUGGGGCGCACGUGCGGCUGCGCGCCCGGGGCCGCGGGGGCACGGCCGGACUGCGGCUGCGAGCCCGACCUCAGCCUGGCGGCGCUGGGCCGUCUGCGCUACGUCGACUGCGUGGUCAAGGAGGUGCUGCGCCUCCUGCCACCCGUGUCCGGGGGCUACCGCACCGCACUGCGCACCUUCGAGCUCGACGGCUACCAGAUCCCCAAGGGCUGGAGCGUGAUGUAUAGCAUCCGGGACACGCACGAGACGGCCGCGGUGUACCGCAGCCCGCCCGAGGGCUUCGACCCCGAGCGCUUUGUCGCGGCACGCGAAGAUGUUGGCAGCGCCUCCGGCCGCUUCCAUUACAUCCCGUUCGGCGGCGGUGCGCGCAGCUGCCCCGGCCAGGAGCUGGCGCAGGCGGUGCUUCAGCUGCUAGCUGUGGAACUGGUGCGCACCGCGCGCUGGGAGCUGGCCACGCCCGCCUAUCCCGCCAUGCAAACCGUGCCCAUCGUGCACCCGGUGGACGGGCUUCGGCUCUUUUUCCAUCCCCUCGCGCCUUCGGCCACGGGGGAUGAGCUACUCUGA